ACCAUCUACUAUUUUAGAAACUUGUGUAAUGCUGAUCUGUAAUAUUGACCCCUUUUUUCCGCUUAUAUAAAACCAAAACCCUCUCACCAAAAUCUCACUUAGCAAACUCUCACUCUUUUCCCUCUUCAGUUUCUGCUCUUCACUGUUUCCCUUUCAGUUUUUAUACCCUCACAUUUAUCAUCAAUGGCUUUUUCCACCGAGGCAUCGGCAUUUCCACCGUCAAAUCAGGACCCGCCGUCUGCGGUGGCGACGGAAAUGGUUGUUAACGACGGAGAAUCGGCGGCGGCAGCAUCGGGGUCGGGGUCCGCGAUUGUGGUGAAAUGGCCAGGUUGGCCAGGAGACAACGUGUACCGACUAGUAGUGCCGCUGGUGAAAGUAGGAAGUAUAAUUGGGCGAAAAGGAGAACUUGUAAAAAAGAUGUGUGAACAAACUGGUGCCAGAAUUCGUGUCUUGGAAGGUCCUCUCGGCAAUGCUGAUCGAAUUGUCCUAAUAUCUGGAAGAGAAGAUCCAGAUGCUCAAGUAUCUCCAGCAAUGGAUGCUGUGUUUCGAGUAUUCAAGCGAGUUGCAGGACUAGAAGGUGGUGAUCCAGGAGCAGCAGCUGCUGGUUUUGCGUUUUGUUCGUUUAAGUUGCUGAUGGCCUCAUCGCAGGCUGUUCAUUUGAUAGGGAGACAUGGUUCGACGAUCAAAGAAAUCCAGGAAAGAUCUGGUGCCUCCCUGCGGGUGUUAUCUGAGGAUGAAAGAAUUGUUGAAAUUCGCGGAGAGGGUUUGAAGGUGCUUGAUGCUUUUGAGGCGGUAGUCAGACAACUGAGAAAGUUUUUGGUUGAUCAUAGUAUGAUACCUAUAUUUGAAAAGACGUGCUCUCAAGAUCGGCCAUUGGAGUCCUGGGCUGAAAAAUCACAGUCCUUAAAUUCCGAAGCUGGAGCAGUUUCUGAUUAUUCUUUUUCCAUGAACCGAGACACUUACUUACUUGAUUGUGAAGCCGCCAUGGACUCCAAACUCCCGCGCUCUACGCUAUCACUGUAUGGACAGGAUCCUGGACAUGGUGGCAUACGUACUUCUGCUGGCCGAAUUGGUCCUGUAGUAACACAGAUGACAAAGGUCAUGCAAGUACCCCUGUUGUAUGCUGAGGACAUCAUUGGUAUUGGUGGAACCAAUAUAGCGUACAUUCGCCGCACAAGUAAGGCAGUUCUUACUGUGCAAGAGAGCAGAGGCUUACCUGAAGAGAUAACUAUUGAGAUUAAGGGUUCCUCAUCGGAGGUUCAAACAGCCGAACAGCUUAUUCAGGAGUUCAUUAGCAACCACAAAGAGCCAGCCCCGAGCAUGUAUGGGAUGCGUGAGCCUGGAUUUGGUUCUUUUUCACGUUAUGCUGACUCCUACUCAUCAUCGUCGUUUCAAUCUGAGCGUUUUGGGGGGUAUGGUUCCUCUAGUUUUGGAGGCUACAACAAUUUUAGAUACUAAGCGUGAAAACCUUCUGGAAUAGUUACGGGCGAAAAUUCUCGUUUACAACUCGUGGAACCGUUUUUAAAGACAGAUUCAUGUAUGUAAUUAACUCCUGCUCAAGUUCUAUAGAAAAGUUAGUAUUGAACUUA